ACAAGAGCAUCCUUUAAACACAAGACAUGGACUCCAGCUCCAAGUCCACAGUGGUCAACAUCAGCAGCAGCGAUGUCCCAAAGGAUUAUGUGACCUGGUCCACAUUUAACACAGUGUUCAUGAACAGCUGUUGCCUGGGUUUCCUUGCGUAUGUCUUCUCUGUGAAGUCCAGGGACAGGAAGAUGGCGGGCGAUGUGAUUGGGGCCCAGGCCUACGCUACAACUGCCAAGCGACUGAACAUUGGUGCCGUGGUCGUCUCCAUCAUCACGUUCAUCGUAAUUAUCAUUAUAUCCACCCAAAAAAAAUAGAUGAUCGCUAUGAAGGAUGAUAUUCCAUGAAUUAUGUGCUCUUCGUAUACAGAGUCAGUGGAUUAAAUUCUCCCCUGCGCUGUUUCCUCGGGGAAUGCCUGAAUGUCCUCUGCCCUUCCCAGCUGCUGCUUAUCCUGGCCCCGACCUGUCACUGGACUCCUCCUGGGAUUGUUAACCUAACACAUCUGCUCACAUUGGAAUCAA